UUAUUCUCAUUCUUUCUUUUUUGUAUCAUCAAUUAAUCAAUUAAUUAAUCCUUAUUUUAAUUAUGCCUUAUUUUGAUCAUCAAAUGGCAACAAGUAUAUCGGAUUCACCAUCCGAUUCACAAUCUGGUUCGAAAAGUUCAAAAAAAGAUAAAGUAUUACGAACGGUUGCUAUUUCGAAUAAAAAAACAGAAAAAAUGACAUCAAAAGAUCCGGAUGCAAGUAUAACAUCAAAAUAUAAAACAAAUAUUGAUCUAAGAAAAUUAAUGUUUAUGAGAAAUUUAUUAAAAGCUGAAAUUGAAAAUCUUAACAAAACAAAAGGAGCAUUACCGAUUGAUAAUAAUCCUAAUUAUGAAAAAUUUACCUAUGAUAAAGCAAAAGUUGUUUCAAAAGAUGAUGAUUCACAAUAUUUUGAAGCACAAAAUAGUGAAUAUCCUGGUCAACCACUUGGUUGUACAGUAUAUGAUUCAAAAGCCGGUAUUGAUCCAAAUUCAUUAUAUUUAAGAAUAUUAAGACAUUUAGGUAAAAAACAUCAAUCAAUACUUGCAACAUGGGAUUUAUUUGUUAAUGGUGAUAAUAAUAUUGAAAUAUUUCAAGAAGCAUGUUCAGUUGGUAAUUUAGAACAAUUUGUACAGAAAGAAACAUUGAAUGAAAAACAAAUUUCAUUAUAUGCAUUUCAAUUAUUAAAGGGUAUGGAUUUUCUUGGUGAUAUUGGUAUUGCACAUCGUGAUAUACAACCAAUCAAUAUAUUAUUAAGACCAGCACAAAAAGAUAAUUUUAUUAAAAUAACUAAUUUUCGUAAAGCAAUCAUUUAUUGGGAUGUAUCCGAAAAUGAUGUUAUCUAUACACCAUGUGAACCGAAAGAAAAUCAAAAUAAUAAAAAUUAUCAGGCACCAGAAAUAUAUGGUGAUCCAUCAAAAGAAGAAUUUGAUCCAAUCAAAGCCGAUACAUGGUCAUUUGGUGCUGUUGUUUUUUUUAUGAUAUCAAAAGAAUAUCCAUAUAAUGUUGGUUCAAAAUCUGAUGAUCUGGAAAAAGAAAUUGCUGAUAAUGUUGAUAAAUUAACAGUAGCAGCAAGUGGUAAAGAUUUAUUGAAAGCAAUAUUGAAAGCAAAUGCAGAAGAAAGAAUGCCAAUUGGUUUUAUUGAAAAAAGUGCAUGGUUAGCUGAAGCUAAAAAAACUAAAAUGAAAAUGAUUGUUGAUAAAAAUGCACCUGCAGGAGGUGCAAAAGGUAAAGGUGCUGAUUUUGGCAAAUCAAAUAUAUUUGGUCGAGUAUCUGGAUUUAAUUCAACAGCAUCAUCGAAAAAAUCUAUGUCAUCAAAAUCUAAAUCAAUGUCAAGCAAAUCAAAAUCAAAAUCUGGAGCUUCGUCAAAGUCAUCAUCAAAAUCCGGAGCUUCGUCCAAGUCCUCAUCGAAAUCCGGAGCGGAAAGUGGAGAAGAGUCGGGAAGCGAUUCUGAAUCAAGUGAAAGUGAUUCAACCUCUGGUUCAUCCUCGAAAUCUGGAGCAUCAUCAAAGUCAUCAUCGAAAUCGGGAGCUUCGUCCAAGUCAUCAUCCAAAUCCGGAGCGUCCUCGAAGUCAUCAUCGAAAUCCGGUGCGGAAAGUGGGGAAGAGUCUGGAAGCGAUUCUGAAUCAGGUGAAAGUGAUUCAACCUCGGGUUCAUCAUCGAAAUCUGGAGCAUCAUCAAAGUCAUCAUCGAAAUCCGGAGCUUCGUCCAAGUCAUCGUCAAAAUCCGGAGCGUCCUCGAAGUCAUCAUCGAAAUCCGGAGCGGAAAGUGGGGAAGAGUCGGGAAGCGAUUCUGAAUCAGGUGAAAGUGAUUCAGCCUCUGGUUCAUCCUCGAAAUCCGGAGCAUCCUCGAAGUCAUCAUCGAAAUCUGGAGCUUCGUCAAAGUCAUCAUCAAAAUCCGGAGCUUCUUCUAAGUCAAAAUCAGGAGCGGAAAGUGGAGAAGAGUCAGAAGACGGAUCUGAAUCAAGUGAAUGUAAUUCAGCCUCUGGCUCAUCCUCGAAAUCCGGAGCUUCGUCAAAAUCAUCAUCGAAAUCCGGUGCUUCGUCUAAGUCAAAAUCUAAAUCCGGAGCUUCUUCCAAAUCAGGAUCAACAAGCGGAGAAGAUAGUGGUGCCGAAAGUGGAAGCGAAAGUGCGAGUGGCGCAUCAUCAAAAUCUUCGACAAAGUCGACAUCAAAAUCGGCAGCUUCGUCCAAGUCAAAAUCAAAAUCUUCGGCAUCAUCAAAAUCUGUGUCGAAAAAAUCUAAAAAGAAAUAAGAAAAGUAGAUCAUUAAUAGAUAAAAAAUCGC